AUGAGAGAAACGUGGCUUGAAAAUAAUGGUGAUCCAUCCGUUGGAGAGCAAGCUCUGGCAGACAUGAAACAAAGUAUCCUUCGUACUCAAUAUUUCAGCGAGAUUGAAUUAGAGAGAAUAAAACAAAAGGCACAUAUACUUUGUAGAAAAAUCGAUAAUGCCGGUAAUGACGAAACCAGCGACGAUCAUGGGGAUAGUGAUGACAAAAAUGCCGGUCCUGACAAUGCCAACGAUGGCCAUAGAUAUGCUCAUGACAAGAAUGCCGUCUAUGGCGAUGCCAACGGCGACCAUGGUAAUGAAGAUGACAACGAAAACCAUGAUGGUGAUGACAAUAAUGUCGGUGUUGAUGAUUUCAACGAUGGCCAUGAUGUUGUUGACAACAAUGAUACCGGUGAUGACGAUACCAAUGAUGAUCUCGGUGAUGCUGAAGUCAAUAAUGCUGGCAAGCCUAAUGACGAUGCCAACGACGACCAUGCUGAAGCUAAUAACGAUGAAGCAGAUAAUGACAAUGUUGCUAUAAACGAUAACCAUGGCGAUGUUGUGAAUAAUGACACAGCUGAUGAUGACUAUGAUGCCGAUAUUGAUGGUGAGAAUGUGUAUCAUAAAGGCAGGAACGAAGGAGGCCAACCAAAUAAAGACGGGAGAGUAGAAACGUGUGACAAGAGAUUAUCAAGACAUCCACCCAAGGACAAUGAUACGACAUGGCCAGCCAAUUAUAAUGAAAAUUCGAAGAUCACAGAUACACAAUCGCUACACAGCAAAGUGAGGAGGAAAAGAGAAAAGAAAUUAUGGUCAAAUAAAGAGAAGGAAAAUCUUAUGACUUGCUUCUACUUUGCGACUGAUGUAUCUCAUAAAACUAGACAUUACAGGAAGAGAAUGAUAGAAACGUGGCUUGAAAAUAAUGGUGAUCCAUCCGUUGGAGAGCAAGCUCUGGCAGACAUGAAACAAAGUAUCCUUCGUACUCAAUAUUUCAGCGAGAUUGAAUUAGAGAGAAUAAAGCAAGAGGCACACAUACUUUGUAGAGAAGUCAAUAAUGCCGGUAAUGACGAUACCAUCGAUGACCAUGGGGAUGCUAAGGACAGUGAUCAUGACAAUGCCGGCACUGGUGAUACCAAUAAUGGCCCUGAUGAUAAUGCCGAUGUUGUUGAUGCCAACGAUGGCCAUGGUGAUAGUGAUGACAAAAAAGCCGAUGAUGAUGUCAUCGAGGACCAUAAUGAUGCUGAUGACAAAAAUACCGGUGAUGAUGAUGCCUACGAGAUCUAUGGCCAUUCUGACUACAAUAGUGCCAAUGGUGACGAAGCCAAAGUAGGAAAAUCGAUGAUUCUAGACACACAAACACCGCACAACAAAGUGAGAAGAAAAGGAGAAAAGAAAUUAUGGUCAAAUAAAGAGAAGGAAAAUCUUAUGACUUGCUUCUACUUUGCGACUGAUGUAUCUCAUAAAACUAGACAUUACAGGAAGAGAAUGAGAGAAACGUGGCUUGUAAAUAAUGGUGACCCAUCCGUUGGAGAAGAAGGUCUAGUGGACAUGAAACAAAGUAUCAUUAGUACUCAAUACUUCAGCGACAUUGAAUUAGAGAGAAUAAAGGAAAAUGCCCAAAGUCUUUGUAGAGAACGAAAGCGUAAUGCAACAAAGAAUCAAGAUGACAGGGGAAAACGAAUAACAGAUAAAGUAGACAAAUUGCACGACACCAACAAUGAUAGAGAGAGAUCGGGAAAAGGAGAAAGCUCGGUAAUCACCAACACUGAGAAGGUGAGAAAUUCUAUCCAUGAUGAAGGAAGUACAGUUUCUGGAAAUACAGUGAAUAUAUCUCUUGACGAGGGGAUUAUAUUCAACAAUCAACAGGAUGUUCGGACGCAGAGUGAUAGGGGCUUACGAGAUGGAGAACACAACCAAAGAAUAUCACAAGAACAACGUAUGAAUCGUCUUGAUAUGGACAGUGCUCAGAAGAAAAAAAAGAAAGAUGACUACAUCGCUCAAUUUGGGGCGUGUUCCUUGUCUCUUCUACAAAAACUAGAUGAAAUCGAAACGGUAGACACACAGAUUGAGGCCGAAUACCAAAGAGGAGCACAUUUCUUUCAGUACUGUGACACAUCUGACAACAAGCCCGCUGGUGGAGAGGGAAAGGGAUCAACGAUGAACAGAAGAAAAAACAGCUCUUAUAAGACUGGAUUCUCUUCACAUGUAGACAUACACCAGCACUUGCAACAACCUAAAGUGAAAUAUCGUACUCUUCGGGUUACAGCAAUAGAAAAGGCUAAGAAAAGACAAGAAAUUACUGAGACUGAACAUGGGGACGAUGUUGCCCAUUUUAUAUGCGGCGGAGAGCCUCACAUUCAACAAGAUAAAGAAUGUGAAAGGAACGUAUCGGGUAAUAUCAAAUCAUCUGUACCCGAGAGAGAUGCGAUUGUAUCACAAGACUCGACAAAUGAAGACAGAGAUUCCGAUCAACGGCUGUUAUCAGCACUGAGGAGCAACUUUGAAUAUGUGAAGGGAAUAUCAAUAUCAGAUAGACCACAAAUUCCCAAGAUCGACACAAGGUGCUGUACUACUAGGAGCGUGAUCGACAAAGUAGAUAAAAUGCUUGAAAAGGUGCAAUAG